GCUGGCGGCGCUGGGGGGACGCGGGGGGGGCGCGGCCGUGGCCCGCGAGCGCUUCAAGGUGGUCUUCGCUCCCCUGAUCUGCCGGAGGACGUGUCUGAAGGGGCUGUGCCGGGACUCGUGUCAGCCCGGCUCCAACAUGACCCUGAUCGGAGAGAACGGGCACGCGGCCGACACCCUGACCGGGUCCGGCUUCAGAGUGGUGGUGUGUCCCCUGCCCUGCAUGAACGGGGGCCAGUGCAGCUCCCGCUCCCACUGUCUGUGCCCCCCCAACUUCACCGGCCGCUUCUGCCAGGUCCCCGCGGGGGGGCGCGGGGGGGGCCCCCCCCCCACCGCCGCCUCGCUCCCCCCGAUGCCCCUCCCGAGCCCCCCCCCGGGCUCCAAGGUCGCCGUUUACGCCGUCCAGGUCAUUGCCGACGGCCCGGGGGGGGCAGCGGCCCCCCCUGAGCCCCCCCCUGGGGCAACCCAUGGCGGGGGGCAUGGCGGGGGGCACGGGGGGGGACACGUCAGCCACGCCACCUUCGUGGUGCCCUUGGGGCCCGGGCACCACUCAUCUGAAGCGCAGGUGCCGCCGCCGCUGGUGAACGUGCGGGUCCAUCACCCCCCCGAGGCCUCGGUGCAGGUUCACCGCAUCGAACCACAGCCCCCCCGAGGGGGCCCCCCGGGGCAGUGGGGGGCUCCUGCGCACCCCGCCCAGCCCCCCGCAGGCAGCAAACCCCCUGCGCCCCCCCGGCCCCACACCCACAAACCCCUGGGCCGCUGCUUCCAGGAGACCCUGCCCAAGCACUCGUGCGGCAGCAACCCCCUCCCGGGGCUCACCAAGCUCGAGGAUUGUUGUGGCAGCAUCGGCAGCGCUUGGGGCCAGAGCAAGUGCCACAAGUGCCCCCACCUGCAGGGGCCCCUGUGGGGUCCCUGUGGGCUCCGUGUCCCUGUGCCCCUGUCCCACGGCGUGUCCCCAGCACUGGUGGCCCGGCCCACGCCGGCCCCGCUGUGGCAGCUGCCCCCGGAGCAGCUGACCCGCAGCGCCGCCGAGAUCGCGCCCACCCAGGUCACCGAGACGGACGAGUGCAAACUGAACCGGAACAUCUGCGGCCCCGGGGAGUGUGUGAUGGGCCCGGGGGGAUACAGCUGCCUCUGCUUCCCGGGGUACCGCUGGCACCCCCAGCGCCGCUACUGCACCGACGUGAACGAGUGCGAGGCGGAGCCGUGCGGCGCCGGGCGCGGCGUCUGCAUGAACACGGGCGGCUCCUACACGUGUCACUGUCACCGCGGGUUCCAGCUGCGCCUGCACAAGGGGCUGCGCACCUGCGCAGACAUCGACGAAUGUGCCAAAGGUGACGUGUGCGGGGACGGCGGCACCUGCGCCAACGUCCCCGGGCACUACAAGUGCGAGUGUCACCCCGGGUACCGGCGCAAGGGCUCCCGGCCACCCCUCUGCGAAGAUAUCAACGAGUGCCUGGAUGUGGGGACGUGCCCCGAGGCCAAGUGUGAGAACCAGCCCGGGGGGUUCGUGUGCACCCCCUGCCCCCCCGGCUUCCGUGGCCUCAACGGCGCCUGCCUCGAUGUGAACGAGUGCGAGGCCGGAGGGCUCUGCCCCGGGGGGACCUGCGUCAACACCCCCGGCUCCUACAAGUGCCAGUGCCCCCCCGGGCUGCAGCCGGCGCGGGACCCCCCCCGCUGCCAAGACAUCGACGAGUGCGAGUUCGCGGCCGCGUGUGUGGGCGGCGACUGCGUGAACACGGCGGGGUCGUACCGGUGCCUGUGCCCCCCCGGGUACGCGCUGCUGCACGGCCGCCGCUGCCAGGACAUCAACGAGUGUGCGCUGGACCCCGGGCUGUGCCCCCCCCCCGGCACCUGCACCAACCUCGAGGGGUCUUUCAGCUGCCGCUGCCCCCCCGGCUACACCCCCGGCCCCGACGGGCGCCGCUGCCUCCCUCGGGAGCCCCCCGCCCCCCGCAAGGAGUGUUACCUGAGCCUGGAGCUCCCCGUGUUCUGCGACGCCGUUUUGGGGACCAACGUGACGCGGGGGGAGUGUUGCUGCUCCGUGGGGGCGGGGUGGGGGGACCUGUGCGAGGUGUACCCCUGCCCCCUGCCCUCCUCGGCCGAGUUCGUGGAGCUUUGUCCCGACGGGAGGGGCUUCAUCCAGGACGACAACGGCCUCGAUUACGGAGUCCCGGCGCACCGGGACAUCGAUGAGUGCGGGUUGUUCGGGGACGAGAUCUGCAAGGGGGGGAAGUGCGUGAACACCCAGCCGGGCUACGAGUGCUACUGCAAGGCCGGCUUCGACUACGACAGCGCCCUGCGCCAGUGCCUGGACGUGGACGAGUGCCUGGACGAGUCGAACUGCGUGGACGGGGCGUGCGAGAACACGCGCGGCUCCUUCCGCUGCACCUGCGGGCCGGGGGCGCGGUACCACCCGGGGCUGCGGCGCUGCCUCCCCCCCCCCCGACGCCCCCCCGGCCCGGAUCGGGCCCCCCCGGAGCGGCGGGACGUGUGCUGGCAGCGGCGGGGGGACGAGGGGGUCUGCGGGGCGCCCCUCGGGGGGGGGCCCCUCACACUGGACGAGUGCUGCUGCCGGGGGGGGGGCCGGCUGGGGCCCCCACUGCCGGCCCUGCCCCCCCCCGGCCCCCAGGCCUGCCCUGCCCCCCCGUCACAGAGCGAGAGCAAUUCCUUCUGGGACGUGAGCCCCCUCGGCCUGGAGGGGCCCCGCAGAGGUGACGACAGCUCCGAGGAAGACUCUGCCGAAUGUCCCUGUCCCGGGGGGGUCCCUGGUCGCUGCCUCCGCUCCCCCCGGGGACUCUGCGAGUGCCCCCCCGGCUUCCAGCCAGACCCCACCCGCACCCGCUGCCUCGACAUCGAUGAGUGCCGGGACCCCCGGGGGGGCCCCCGCUGCCCCCGCGAGCGCUGCAUCAACACGAGCGGCUCCUUCCGCUGUGCCUGCAAAGCCGGGACCGCCCGGGCCCGGCCCGGGGGGCUUUGCCUCCCCCAGCGCCGCUGACCCCCCGCCAGGACCACGCGGGGGGGGCUCUGACUGCCCCAGCGCCGCUGACCACCCCCGGGUCCCCCGGGACCCCCUCGGACCUCAAUAAAGGACGUGGGG